AAAUUGGCGAUCGAAGGGAAACAGACAUUUGGAGGGGGCCACAAAUCGCAGAUGUUGAAAAUCCGAAGCAACAUACACCGAAUGCUGGGGAAACUCAGAUGAAGGAUCUCGGCUCGAAAUGUCGACGUCUUUUCCUAGGAUGCUGCCUGGCCUGCUGAGUUCCUCCAGCAGUUCGUGUGUUUUUCUUGCACAUCCUACACUAUGACGACAGAAACUCUGAAGCAGGAUGACCUGGGGACAAUCGCAAAGCUCCGUGUCAAAAAUUUUCUUCAGAAUUUCCAGAUGAUCAAGCAAGGUGCUGAAUCCAAGAUCUACAGGGGAAGUUUCCUUGGAAAGCCAACUGUUGUGAAGGAACGGUUCCCCAAAUCUUACCGUCACUCUGCUCUGGACAAGAAACUCACACAUCGCAGGACUGCUCAAGAAGUACGAUCUAUCCUCAGGUGCAGGAAAGCUGGUAUUGCAACCCCUGUGGUAUAUUUUGUGGACUACAAUUCAAGUUGCAUCUACCUCGAAGAUUUAGUGGGAGCUUUUACUGUUCGUGACUAUAUCACUUCAGUUCAGAAGUCUCAACAGGAUUCAGAAAAGCUGUUUCCCUUGGCUGAAAGAAUUGGGCAUAUCCUUGCAAAAAUGCACGAUGAGGAUGUCAUUCACGGGGACCUCACUACCUCGAACAUGAUGAUACGCCAGCCUGAGGAAGAGUUGAGAUUGGUACUAAUCGAUUUUGGCUUGAGUUUUAUCUCUGCUCUGCCUGAGGAUAAAGGUGUUGACCUUUAUGUCCUGGAGAAAGCUUUUCUGAGCAGCCACCCCAACACAGAAAGUGUUUUCAAAGUCUUCCUGAAGAGCUACACAAACACAUCGAAAAAAUCAGCUCCUGUCAUAAAAAAGCUUGAUGAAGUUAGACAGAGAGGAAGGAAGAGGUCAAUGGUUGGAUAAUGAAAAUCAAAGUAAAUUUAUUAUCAGCAUACAUAUACGUCACCAUAUACAACCCUGAGAUACGUUUUCUUGCAGGGUAUACACAAUAAAUCCAAGAAACACAAUAGAACCAAUGGAAGACAGCACCCAAAAGGACAGACAACAAACUCUGUACAAUACAAAAGAAAAAAAAAUAAAAGCAAUAAAAAAACGAGAACAUGAAAUGAAGAGUCCUUCAAAGUGAGUCCAUAGAUUGUGGGAAGAGUUCACUGAAGGGGCAAGUGAGGUUAUCCCUUCUAGUUCAAGAGCCUGAUGGUUGGGGGGUAAUAACUGUUCCUAAACUUGGUGGUGUGGGUCCUGAAGUUCCUGUACCUCCUUCCUGAUGGUUGAGGGGGUAAUAACUGUUCCUAAACCUGGUGGUGUGGGUCCUGAGGUUCCUGUACCUCCUUUGUGAUGGCAGCAAAGAGAAGAGAGGAUAACCUGGGUGGUGGGGACCCUUGAUGAAUGCUGCUUUCCUGUAACAGCGCUCCAUCUAGAUGAGCUUAAUGGUGGGGGAGGGCUUUUCAUGCGAUGGACUGCACCAUAUCCACGCUUUUUGUAGGAUUUUCCGUUCAAGGGCAUUGGUGUUUCCAUACCAGGCCAUGAUGCAACCAGUCAGUAUUCUUUCCACCUUAUAUCUAUAGAAGUUUGUCAAGGUUUUAGACGUCAUGUCAUAUCUUGGCAGACUUCUAAGGAAGUAGAUGCACUGCCAUGCUUCCUUCAUAAUUAUACUUGUCUUCUAGGCCCAGGGCAGAUCCUCUGAAAUGAUAACACCAAGGACCGUCUCCACCUCUGAUUCCCCAAUGAGGUAUGGUUCCUGGACCACUGGUUUCCUCCUCCUGAAGUCAAUAAUCACCUCCUUUUUCUUGCUGACAUUGAGUGAGAGAUUGUUGUGUGGCGCCACUCUGCCAGAUUUUCAAUCUCCCUCCUAUAUGUUGAUUCAUCACCACCGUUGAUUCAGCCAACAACGGUUGCAUCAUCUAAAAAUUUAAAUAUGGCACUGGAGAUACGCUAACUCUCACAGUCAAGUAUUAUAAAGUGGUUGGAGCAGGGGUCAAGUACACAGCCUUGUGGUGCACCUGUUCAAUCAAAACAUUUUUCUGUUCUUUAAUUUUCAAAAUCUUUUGUACAAUAAAUUUACAUAUUUCUUUUACUGUGUUUAAAAUUGUUAAUAAAUGAUUUAAUGCUA